CGUUAUCCAUACGCGAUACGUUCUUGAACAGAAUUUAAAAGGUUUUUCUUAAUACGGCAGUGCUAAUCGUUAGGAUGGUCGCCAUUUUGUCCGGAGGUGGCCCGGUUGAGUGAACGGGGCGAAAAUAGUUGCUCCCUGAACACCGAGGAUCGUUGAAAUCCCAUAGGUACCGAUCGAGUGGAAUCGUUUCAUCUAUUUCUCGUAAACGAGCAGAAAUUGGAAGUACGGUGAAGAAGUGGCCGCGUACGAAUAACCGAGAUUUCCUUCCGUUGUCGUUCGACGUUAGUUCUUUGUAAGCACGCCGUAGACGUAUUUCGCGUAAUUCUGAGCUAAUUCGACGGUGAUUUUUCGCGAUAUUAUUUACCGGAUGAUGCUGUCUCGUCAACAGAAAGCGAGCCGGCUCAACCGCUUCCUGGCUGUAAUUUUUGACGGUUGACAGCUCUCGAUAAUGUAGGUAUAGUUUAUUCAAAGAAGGCCUUUAGGGUGUAAUUAUAUUUAAUGUCAGUGAAUGUGUUGGAUGAUUGUUAUUGGUGGUGCGAUUAUUGGACCAAGAGGUAUUGAGACAAUUGGAAUAUAGCAAACAGCACAUAAAAUGACGAUUGCCACAAGAGGCCAAGGAGUAGGCAUGGACCCUCCUGACAGCCAGCAAAGUACACAGAUGCAUAGUCCACCGGGUCCGCAACAAUUAGCUGAUACAAUGUCAGGACUUCAACUCACAGAGAAUGUGGUACAAACAGAAUCCACCAAUGAUACCUUAACCUUGGUAGAGGAUAGUAAUCAACUUCAGGGAGAGCCUGACUUUCCCAUUGCAAAACUCAAUAUUCUUCAUGAAAAAAUAUCUAGUCCACGUUGGGUUGUACCAGUUCUACCAGAACAGGAAUUAGAGUGUCUGUUACAAGCCAGUAUCGAUCUUUGUAAAAAAGGAAUUGAUGUACAAAGCGAGGCAUGUCAACGCUUUUUUCGAGAGGGACUCACAAUUUCUUUUACCAAAAUAUUGACUGAUGAUGCAGUAAGUAGUUGGAAAUUAAAUAUUCAAAGUUGUAUCAACGCAAACUGCGAACGGUUGGUGGAACUAUGUGUCCUGAAAUUAGAUGAGGACUGGUUUCCUCUUCUUGAUUUGCUGGCAAUGGUUUUUAAUCCCCUUAAUAAAUUUCACACAUUUAAUGCAGCCAGGGUAUCUGAAACUGUUCCACUCGGCAGUGAUAUUCCUGAUGAAGAACUUUAUGCCCGACCACCUGCUGAUUCAAGAAGUACUCGUGGUUGGUUGGUGGAUCUUAUAAAUAGGUUUGGAAGUCUUAAUGGAUUUGAUAUAUUGCUCUCUAGAUUUCAGAGCGGCCGAAAUUUAUCAAUACUAGUUAUUUAUGCUUUAAUCAAACCCUUUGGUUUGUGUUACGAACUACUUACUGUUCACACAAUAGUUAAAUAUCUAAUGCCUAUCGUGGAAAUGGUGCCUGUAAUUUUGAAUAAUUUGACUGAUGAGGAAUUAAAAAAAGAAGCAAAGAAUGAAGCGAAAAACGAUGCAAUAUCAGCCAUAAUUAAAGCCGCAAAGUGUUUAGUGUCGCGGGUGCCACAUCAGGACGAAAUGAUUAAAAACUUGGAAAUUCUGAGACUGAAGAUGAUACUGAGACUCUUACAAAUUUCUUCGUUUAAUGGAAAGAUGAAUGCUUUGAAUGAAGUGAACAAAGUGAUUACCACCGUUAGCUUCUAUCAGCAUAGAAAUGCGAUUGUUGAAGAGGACGAAUGGCUUACAGCCGAACGUAUGGCUAAAUGGAUUAAAGAAAAUGGAGUGUUAGAAAUCGUGUUAAGAGACUCGUUACAUCAGCUUCAGUACGUUGAAAAGUUAGAAAAGAUUUUACGCUUUAUUAUAAAAGAACGAGCCUUGACCUUGGAGGAUUUGGAUGCUGUUUGGGCGGCACAAGCUGGAAAACACGAAGCAAUCGAGAAGAAUGUUCACGACCUGUUAGCUAAAUUAGCUUGGGAUUUCACUCCUGAACAACUUGAUCACCUCUUCGAAUGUUUUCAGAGGAGUUGGAAGACUGCUAACAAGAAGCAAAGAGAAAAGUUAUUAGAAUUAAUCAGAAGAUUAGCAGAAGAUGAUAAGGAUGGUGUGAUGGCGCAUAAGGUUUUGACACUUUUUUGGAAUUUGGCUCACUCGGACGAGGUGCCUACAGAAAUCAUGGAUCAAGCUCUGAAUGCGCACGUAAAAAUUCUCGAUUACUCGUGUUCUCAAGAAAGGGAUGCACAGAAAACAAUUUGGCUGGACAAAUGUCUGGAAGAGUUAAAAACCGGUGAUAAGUGGGUGUUACCGGCUUUGAAACAAUUUCGAGAAAUAUGUUGCCUAUAUGAACCAAAUCCUAACAUAGGCCAUGGUCAACGGGGUCAUCAUUUACAUUAUAGGCAAGAUGUGAUACAACGACUCCAAGCAGAACAUUCGAUAGUAAUUCUUGUGACAAUUAGUUUAACUAAUUGUAUGAGUAAGACGCGGCAAUUAGUCAAAGAGAAUCCGGACAUUGAUCCCAACACUUACAUGCCCGAUGGCCGAUACAAUCACAUUAUGCAAGUGCAAGAAAGGCUUAAUUUCCUACGUUUCUUAUUAAAAGAUGGUCAAUUAUGGUUAUGUGAGGAUCAAGCAGUGCAAAUUUGGCAAUGUUUAGCAGAACAAGGCGUGUUCGUGUCAGACCGGGAAGCUUGCUUUAAGUGGUUCUCAAAAUUAAUGGGCGACGAACCAGAUCUUGAUCCAGCAAUAAACAAAGAUUUCUUCCAAAACAAUAUACUGCAACUAGACCCAACAUUGCUUACAGAAAGUGGCAUUAAGUGUUACGAGCGAUUUUUCAAAGCCGUUAAUUGGAAAGAGGGGAAAUUCAAAUUGAAGAGAAGAACAUUUUUUAUGAAUGACGUUGACCUAAUUGGUUCUGAUUAUUUGUGGCGGGUAGUAACCAAUAGCCCCGAAGAAAUUGCUAAUCGAGCCAUAGAACUUUUAAAGGAAGUAAACACUAAUUUAGGACCACGACUUCAUUCUUCGAUCCUGGCUUUUCAUGUAACGUGCAUAGGAGAGUGCAUGGACAGAUUGAAAGCACACUACGAUACUGUGUCUGUUUUGAGUAAAGUAUACCUUGAGGGGAAAGAGGAACGCGAAGAACAGGUGUCAAACAAAAUUAAAAUGGAAGCCAUGAAAAUGUGUCGUGUGAUGAAAGUGUUGCAAGAAUACAUAAAUGAAUGCGAUUCAGCCUUUCCUGUGGAACGAAGAAUAUUACCGUUACAUAGAGCAACUCGUGGGAAACACCUGUCUCUGAUUAUUCGUUUUGCAAAUCCUGGUCUUAACGUAGACGAUGUAGAUAUAUUCACGCAUAGUAAUGAUACAUUGGGAUCAUUGAGGCGUCAAAUACUGCGCAGAAUUAAAGCGAAUGGGACAAAUGUGAAACUCGACUUAUUUCUCAAUGGAGAGUCAUUAGAACCAACGGACGACAAGAAACUUCUCUCUCAAACUCCAUUAAGAGAUAAAAUGUUAUUAUCUGCAAAACUGAGUCAAGUAAACAGCAACAUACCGAGCUCACCAGAGAGUAGUUCGGAUAGUUCUACUAGUUCUCCCCACCAUCCAUAUGAUGGGCCAAAUGUAGAGGCAGAGCAUAGUUUACCGGGCGUGGUCAUAUCGCAAAGAUCGCAGUACGCUACGUUUUUCUUUCAAUUGGCAGAUCUGGGAUGCACACUUCAGCACUCACAGUUACGUGACGGUGCACGGAACCUUUUACAAUUGGUGCCACCAGAUACCCUUACCGUGUCACGAUUACAGUGGUUAUUUAGUCUCGUUAAAGACGAUGAUAAUAUAGAUAAUGCUCUUUGUAAUGAACAAAACACUACAGUAGAUUCUUUAUUUUUUACUUCAAGUCCUAGCCAAGUUUUAUACAAUUUAGAGGUUUUAUAUAGUCUGUUAAUGCCGGCUCUGGAUCCAUUGUCUGAGAAAGCAUUUGAGUUUCAAUGCAAUUUCAUCAAGAGCGGUGAAGCUGAAGUAAUUCUGGAGAUGUUAAGUAAAAAUAAAUUCUUACCGAAUGCCGACGAAACCACGAAACGGGCAGCGUAUUUGACGGUGUUAAAAUUGUGUAAACUGUUGCUGACGAUAGUGGGUAACGUUAUGGUCUGUGUGCUGGACGAGGUGCAAGGGAUUUCAGAGAAUCAAGAGAAUCACGCUCACAACAAUCGAUCACCGUUACCGGUUUUGAAGCAAGCGUUGCAAAGCGUACCUAAUCAGAACACGGAGUACAUGUUGAGAAGCGUAGCGGCUAAAUUGGCAAAAUAUUUAGCGCGUUGGAUAUCGAGCGGAAGACCCAAAUCUGACAAAUGUUGGCAGCUUUUUAUGCGAGCUCUAUCUUGGGAGUUACCGUUGAUUGAUGUACCGACUAUUUGUGCCAUAAUUAGGCUAGCAUGGGCGGCCUCCACAGGCAGUCUGAACAACAUAAACGCGUCCGUUGAAAUGCUUCACUCACUACACGAAUCAAAGGAGAAGGAGACAGUGAAUAAUCCUGACAACAAUGAUGUGUUAGUUUGUAAAGAGGCUUUGGAAGUUCUGACGAUCGCGUUGGUAUUGAAUUUGAGCGCUUUAGAAUCAUUACCAAGGGAUAAAAUGUGGCACACAUUUUUAAUAGAUCUUGUGCUCCUAAGCCCUUCACCGGUGAUCAGAAUGGCUGCUGCUGAACAGUUUUUUCUUAUAUCGACUUGGUACAGUAGCGGUCAUCAGUCACUAUUAUUCGCCAUCUCGCUGCUCUUUAGUGUUCUAAAUACUACCGUCGUGGAACAUGCAAAACAGAGCCACGAGUACUUUCAGUUGUUAUGUAGAUUGUUAAACUUCGCUCACAUGUCUGGAUGUCCUCUCACGACAGUUGAGUCGCUGUUGAACAUUGAGAUAGCGUGGUUGAAGAAGGUACGGGACAAUGUUAAGGAGACCGGCGAGAGUCAAGUGGACGAAGCCGUUCUCGAAGGUCAUCUCGGUCUCACGAAAGAACUAUUGGCAUUUCUACCAGCCAGCAAAAAAUUCGAGCUCGGUUCCGAUGAGACACAUGGCACGAACCUAGUGAAAGAACUGGUCGAGGAUUUUGUAUUUCCCGCGUCGCGUCUAAUGCUGCAGCUUCGCAGCACCGGCGAGUUAAGUGCCUCGCAAGCGUGCCCAGUUUGUACAACCCCUCAGUCGACUAGCGCGGCAUUCGAUUUACUUGUAGGUCUUUGUAUAGGCUGUGUACCCAACAUGAAACUUCUAGUCACAAUGCUCACUGACAUGUUCUACUCAGAGAGAGACGAACCGCUAGUAGAAUGGGAUUAUUUGCCGCCGGUUGGGCUCAGACCGCUGAAAGGCUUUGUAGGUUUAAAAAACGCGGGCGCGACUUGCUACAUGAACUCGGUAUUACAACAAUUGUACAUGGUUGAGAGCAUAAGGGUCGGAUUGCUGGCCGCGGAAGGUGCAGCGACAGACCUGAACGAAGACUUUUCCGGUGAAGAACGAAUCAAAGGAGAUCAAACCAUUGAAGCGAACGAUAACGACACGAACGAAGAGAAAUGCGGGGCGGAUGAAUCACGGAAGGAAUAUAAUAUUGGGAUCUUAAAACAAGUCCAGGCCAUCUUCGGACAUUUGGCUUAUAGCAAACUGCAAUAUUAUAUACCUAGAGGUCUUUGGAAGCACUUCAAACUUCAAGGUGAACCUGUAAAUCUUAGGGAACAACAAGAUGCAGUAGAGUUUUUUAUGAGUUUAGUGGAAAGCUUAGAUGAAGCGUUAAAAGCUUUAGGACAUGAACAGAUAAUGAGCAGGAUUCUGGGUGGUUCAUAUAGUGACCAGAAAAUCUGCAAAGGUUGCCCUCAUAGAUAUUCCAAGGAAGAGCCGUUCAGUUUGAUAAGCGUGGAUAUUAGGAAUCACAGUAAUUUAUUAGACUCCCUCGAACAAUACGUAAAAGGAGAAUUAUUGGAAGGCGCAGACGCUUAUCAUUGUGACAAGUGUAAUAAGAAGGUUGUCACCGUGAAACGAUUGUGUGUCAAGAAGUUGCCGCCGGUACUAGCGAUUCAAUUAAAAAGAUUCGACUAUGACUUCGAAAGAGAUUGCGCCAUCAAGUUCAAUGAUUAUUUUGAAUUUCCAAGAGAUUUGGAUAUGGAACCUUACACUGUUUCUGGACUGGCUAAAGUGGAGGGAGAAGUUAUAGACUGUGAUUAUGAGGAAUCGAUGAAAGGAACUUGCACUAAAUACCAACUAACUGGCAUCGUAGUGCAUAGUGGUCAGGCUAGUGGCGGCCACUACUAUUCUUAUAUUUUGCACAGGCAAAGUGACGGCAUCGCAAAGUGGUAUAAAUUCGACGACGGCGACGUUACAGAAUGUAGAAUGGAGGAAGAAGAAGAAAUGAAAUCUCAAUGUUUCGGCGGUGAUUACUUGGGAGAAGUGUUUGAUCAGAUGCUCAAACGAAUGAGCUAUCGAAAACAGAAGCGGUGGUGGAACGCCUAUAUGUUAUUUUAUACCAGGCUAGAUGUAGAGGAAAAUUCUUUAAUGAAAAGCGUUAAUGAACUAUCGUUGUAUACGAAAUUAGGAGUCAUGAAAAUGCCACCAGCCAUUGAAUAUAGCGUCAGGAAGCAAAAUAUAAAGUUUAUGCAUAACCGAAACCAGUUCAGUGCAGAAUAUUUUCAAUUUAUCAAGAGACUUGUAUCCUGUAAUCCUCAUAAUAUAAAUCGACAAAAUAUGAAUGAAAAACUUAGUCCAGAGCAAGAAGAACUUGGAAUGUUAUCUGUUCAGUUAGCAUCAAGAUUCCUGUUCUACACAGGUUUCCAUACAAAAAAGACAUUACGAGGUAACGCUAUGGAUUGGUAUGAUAUCGUUUGCCACCAUUUGCGCAACAGUAAAGCCGUGCGGUCCUGGUUUGCUCAUAAUGUGCUGUUUAAUCAUCCACAUAGAUUUUGCGAGUACCUUUUGAGCUGUCCUAGUUCAGAAGUUAGAACAGCUUUUCUCAAAAUUUUGGUAUUUCUUGCACAUGUUUCACUUCAGGAUGGCCCAUGCGUGCCACCUAGUUUAAACGCACCAACCAUACUUUUGGACCCAACAGCAACGCUUAGUGAUCAUUUAUUGCAUGCAGUUCUUUCUUUACUUCAUCGCGAAAUUUCAGAUCAUGGGCGUCAUUUGCCACAUUACUUUUCCCUGUUCUACACAUAUGCGUCGCUCGGUCUUGCUGAAAAGGCCCAAUUGCUUAAGUUAAAUGUCCCAGUUACGUUUAUGUUACUUGCGAUCGACGAGGGGCCUGGCCCAUUAAUUAAGUAUCAAUUCCCUGAACUAACUAAAUUGCACCAAGUAGUUAGUAUGCUAAUACGUUGCUGCGAUGUAUCAUCGAAGACUCAGUCAAGUCAUGGAGGAGCGCCUUUACCAAACCCAUAUGGAGACCCAGCGUGUCAAAAUGAAUAUGUGAUGCCUAUUCAACCACAGGCAGCCGAUAUUCUUUUUGUCAAAAAUAGCUAUACGAAGAAACUACUCGAAGACGCCGAUGUUAACGUCACUGAUGUUACCUUUACCGACACUGUAAAAUUGCUUCAAUACUGCUGUUGGGAAAGUCCAAAUUUGUCACGAACAGUACUCAGCGAAUUAUUGUGGCAAAUUGGAUUCUCAUUCACGCACGAUCUGAAGCAUCACACGGAUCUGUUGCUAGCCAUGCUUCUUAUGGAGGACUCAUGGCAGACACACCGUGUUCAUAAUGCGCUUAAAGGUGUACCGGAGGAGAGAGAUGGUUUAUUCGAAAUAAUACAAAGAAGCAAACACCAUUACCAAAAGAGAGCCUAUCAGUGCAUCAAAUGUAUGGUGCACCUAUUCAGUAAGUGUAGACCUGCACAUCAACUUCUACACCAUAGUCCUGAAUUGAGGAGGAAGUGGAUAAACGCUAUCGACUGGCUUCACGAAGAACUCGAAAAGAGACCGUAUGCUUCUACAGCCACUUACCCUCACACGUACAGCAACUGGUCUCCGCCAGCACAAUCCAAUGAUUCGACAAACGGCUAUGUCUUAGAGCGUAGCAACAGCGCAAGGAAAACUUUGGAGAAAGCUUGCGAACUGUGCCCUGAGGUAGAACAAGAGAUGGAGGACCCGAGCGAGGACUGCGCGGAGGAAGCAGACAAAUAUCAGCCACAGAAUAGGAGGGAUGCAAUGCGGAUGGAACGCAAUUUAGAAUUUGUGUUUUUUUAUUCCGACGCGAAAGCACUACAGCGUUUCCUGCAAGAACCAGAACCGCAACCUGGACCAUCUCCAGUUCACACUCCUCUUUUAGCCCAUCAGUUGCAUAGUCCACAGAACUGUGAGUCAUCACAAAAUACCAGCCGGGAUGCAUAAUGAAUCCUAAUUACCAUCGGCGUUCUACCAAGUUGCUGUCACGGUGAAACAAAUCCAAGCUACGUAGAUGUAACUGCGCCGGCAGCUUGGUGCCGAACGAUAGAGUCACCUGUACAGAUCUAACAAUCGCAAAAGAAUCUGUUCUUUAUUUUGCAACUGGUAUUCUCACGAACUUUGCAUUUGCAAUUCUCUUAUCGAGUCUUAACUGUGGGCAGUUCACGAUUUCGUAUAAACGGAUAAAUGAUACAAUGGUAAAUAACAGCCAUAUUUGCACGAUCGAGAAAAAAAAAACGGAAAACACACCUUUAGACACACUGCAAGACACCCAUACAUACACAUACACACACAUAAACACACGAUUAUAGAGAAACCAGAGUGUAGGCGAAUUACGAUUAAGGAUCAGAAUUUCUACGUAUUGGUUGAGGCAACCAAUUUCUCGUCAAUGAUUUUUUUCUUAUGCCUAGAGCAAUUUACCUCAUUCUUUAUUCCGCGUAUCUAUGAAUCGGUUACGGCUUUCGAGUUCAAGACAAUGGAUGUCGCGCUAGGAAGAAAUUGCCCGAAAUGGGUUGAUUGAAAAUAAGGAGAGAGAAAAAAAAAUAUAAAAAGACAGAAAAAUAAUUGCGAUAUUUAGAAGACCGACCUUGCCUCGAUUAAUGCAUACGAAUUCGCGUGUAGGAAUACGAUAAGAUUGUAUAAAUGUAUAGUGAAUAGUGUUAUGGAAUCCCGUCUCUGCCGAAUAGCAUAAAGAAAAAAAAGGAACAAAGGUAUAAAAAAGAACAUGAGUUUCCGUAUGCCUAUGUAAAUUUGUUACUAAUAAAAGAAAAAGUUGAAGUGGAACUUUCUAAGGUCCGAAGGAUGAUAAGGCUUUAAGAGAGCUAGAGCAAGA